GCAACGGCGCAGGCGCUUUGGGCCGGUGGGUGUACAUUGAUAGUAACGUCGCUCAGGUGGGGAAAGGCUGGUAGUGGAGUGUCACUGCUGGUUCAGCUUCCGAAAGAUAUGGAGUGAAGCUAGACAGAAUUGUAUGUUCACAGAUUAGACCAACUUUUGCUUUGUGACAUUGAGGGAGAGAAAGCGCGAGAGAGCCUGCCUUAUUGGCUGAGAUGGGAAGGUUGGUGAAGCGAUGAGAGAUGUUGGUGUAGUUUUGCAGUAGCAGGUAAAGUAGGUGAGGGCCGACUGGUUGCCCCGGUUACGGGCUGUUACUUGGUUUGGGAGAGAGAGGAGGGGUAGUUCUGUGUUUGCACUGGGGUUUUGGGGUGGGUUAGGGAUUAUCUUGGAUCCAAACUUUGCACGGACUGGUGGGUCUUAAAGGUGGACCGUGGGAUUUCUUUUGUGUGCGUUUUUUGGGAGGGGAUAGACGGCGAGUCUUUAAGAAAAUGAAUUCAUGAGCUCCAGGGGACUUGCUGCGAGUUUCUCCCAGACUUCAGGUGGGUUUGCGGUUAGUGGGUGAGACGCACCUGGGUCAAGGGCAUCAUUGAUGGGAGGCUGCGUGGGGACCCAACGCCGGCAACAACAACAGCAGCAACAUCAUCGCUUAGGGAGACGGAGUGGCAAUGGGAGAAAAACAGGCCGAAACGAGCCUCUGAAGAAAGAGAGGCCAAAGUGGAAAAGUGAUUAUCCCAUGACGGAUGGCCAACUAAGAAGUAAAAGAGAUGAAUUCUGGGAUACAGCACCAGCUUUUGAAGGUCGCAAAGAAAUCUGGGAUGCCCUUAAGGCAGCUGCCUAUGCCAUUGAAUGCAAUGAUCAUGAACUGGCCCAGGCUAUUGUAGAUGGUGCCAGUAUUAUCUUGCCACAUGGUUCAUUAACGGAAUGUUACGACGAGCUUGGCAACCGUUACCAGCUUCCUGUUUACUGUCUGGCACCACCUCUGAACCUCAUCACUGAGAAGGGUGAUGAGGAAACUGCUGACAUACCCGAUCCUCCGGCGAAUGCCAAGCGAGAAUUCCAGCUCAAGGUGCGCCUGUCUACAGGGAAGGACGUCAAACUGAAUGCCAGCAUGGCAGACACCAUUGGGCAGUUGAAGAGGCAACUGCACACGGAGGAGGGUAUCGAACCUUCCAGGCAGCGCUGGUUCUUCUCGGGGAGGCUACUCACUGAUAAAAUGCGACUGCAGGAAACAAAAAUACAGAAAGACUUUGUGGUCCAGGUUAUAGUUAAUGAGGUCGCAGCAAUUUACUGAACUACCAGGCAAAUAUAUAUGAAAAUAUGCAAGACACUCGACUAUAUAUCUUUUAUCUAAGAACAAACUGUGAAGGGCUCUAGAACUUGGUCGGCAUAGGGAGUGCACUUGAAUGUGUGUGGUGGUCUACCUUGGCCAUUAUCAGUUGGUCAGUCAAAUAUAGCUUAAGGCCAAAAACAGGAACCAUUUUAAUGGAUAUCUGGCGGCCUUGAUACUCCACCUUUGGUUGGCCAAUGGAUAUUUUUGUUUGUAAAUGAAAAUAAUUCCUGUUGUUCACCCACCUCUGUUUGUCUCUUUCUUUCAGACUGUGUGUGUGUGUGUGUGUGUUUCUUUUUCUCUCUCUCUUCUCUCCCUCUCCCACCCUCCACACCCCCUGCCCCCCACUCUCUCUCUUCUCUUUGUGUAGCUGUCUGUUGGUCUGUCUCUCUCUCUUUUCUGCCACCUCUUCCCCAUUCACACCACCCCAAAAAAAGUCUGAUUAUUUCACUGUUGUCCUUUGAACCUUGGGACUUUUACAGUGACGACCUUUUUAAAGGUUGCUAUAUAGUAGCAGUACUGCGAAUGUUUUACACUGGCUUUAAUCAUGCAGUGGUUGAUCACUUUUUUGUUUUAUGCUGUCGAUCUGUAAGGGCCCAGCUAAGUACCAAAAAUUUGCUUUUGUGUGUUUAUGUAGAAUUAUACCAAUUGAAGUCUUUAUGUAACUGUGCUUCCAUUUUUAAAAAAGAAAUUAUUAGACUGCAGUAUGGAUUCAGCAAAAUUGAAGUUUAAGAACAGCUGCUGGAAAUAUGUAAGCAAGUCACCUUCUGUCUGUAUAGAGAAAGGAAAGGUAACAUCUUGCAUAUAAAUGUUAAAACUGGAACAUACAAAGCCCAGUUAAAUGAAAAAUCAGUCUUGUCUGGAUCUCUUUAACCAUGGAGUUUCAUGAACAAACUGCACAAGUUUUAAGUAAUGUUCCUGUUUUCCUUUUGGAUUAUAUAUGUCAAAUCUAUAGAUGUGAAAUUGUUACAUUUUUUAUUGGGUGAAUUACAGUCUCCAAGAACAACUUUUUCUAAGGGCAUGCCCUUUAAGUUCCACUGUGGAAGUACAACAAGUGAUGAAUUUAAGCACAAAUGAACAUGAAGUUUCCUGUGCUUUAUGCACAAAACUGCUACAUGUGAUCAUUGCACUGUAGUUUGAAUGUACCUUGCAUACAAGAUCAAACCUGGGGAUGGGGAGAGAAGUACUUGGAAAUGAAUGUGCUGGUUGUCUUGGAUCUCUGUUUUGAAAUGUUCAAAACGAACUGGGCUAGUGUGAGUUAUUUGCAAGUUUUACUGGAAUUUUUCUUCUCAAGCCAUGGCAGAAUUAUGGGCUGAAGUCAAGCUUUUGAUUUGUGCUGACUGUCCAACAAAGCUAGUCAUAUUUUCACCCCUCGUCAUUGUACCUCCUCUUUGACUACUCAAUCCACAAUGCUUAUUUUCUAAUUCAGACAAAGGAUGUAAAAUGUGAAAUAUUAAGUUGUCUUCUCUCUUUUUCUCUCUCUCUCUCUCUCUCUUUUCUCCCCACCUCCCCUCCCCCCACAUUCAUCUGCUGACUUUAUUUCUAUUUCCAUUAUUUCUGGCCAUGUCCUU